ACUUUGUAGUGCAGGCUGCCAGAUGAGGACCUGCUGGUGUUCCCCAAUGUCUAACGCUCUGAGCGGCUUGUGACGCAGACGCCACAACGUCCUCACGAGACAGUCCGUCUUCACGAAGCAACAAGUUCUUUCCCUAACGCAUGGGUGUGGACAGCAUAUCGAAAAAUCACCAAACAGCCACUACAGAGCCAAUUGCUCGAAUCAAGGUUGAACUUCCCGCAGGUCAGAUACAAUGGCAAACGCAUCUGCCACGCCCAAUCAUGAGCUUUGCGCCUUGCCCAAAGCGACAAAUGACAUUACAUUCUUCUCUCGAACGAUUCCCGACAUACCAAAGAGGGCAUUCAUAGUCGGCCUAUGCUCUGUUCCGAUAUCUCGAGCUCAGCCAGAUGACCUUGGAUGGCAUAUUACAGACUUCUUGGCUUGGAAAACACUCUUCCGUGGCCGCGGAUCCCCCAAUUCGCAAGCAUGGUUCGCAGCCUGCGACAUCGCCCAAUUAGUCAAAGCUCGGCCAGAAGACUAUACUCAUGGUCCCGAAAAGACUGUCGUCAGACGCGCUCUCAGGCCCUCUUUUGACAACAUUCCAGGCGUUGGAUUACGUGCCAGGGACGAUUAUAAAUACCCUGAUUCGACAGAUAGUUUGACAGAGAGAUUCUUGAGCACCGUUUCUCAAUUUUCGCUAAAGGCAUCGAAGGCUGGCAUGCCCCUGGUCAUUUUCCUUUGCGGCCCGGCGAACCUAAAUCAGGACAUUUACCUUGGCGAUGCUGAGCAUCAAGCUUGGAUCAGAAGCAACGACAUCCGGAACGCUAUGCUUGACAGUCACAUCAUAUCUGUGGUCGUCACCCCGUCGCCGUUCUCCCCAGGAUGGCAGAUUAAUCCAUGCUUCAGUGCCGAACUAAGUCUCAAGACAAGAGCUGCUGCCGAUGUCUUCUUAGCGAUGCAGUUCGGUGGUCUCGUCAGUCGGGAACUUCUUAAGAGCUGUCUUGGGGAUGACGGUCCGUGGCUUAACAGGGUCAUGCUGGACAUGGAUACCGCCCCGAUUGUGUCAGCCUUGGGGCCAAUCGAAGCAAAUAUUGAGCAAGUGGAGGCUGCGCGGGCUGUUGUACGAAAGCUCAGCCAAACGUUGUCAGGACGUUCUCUUGGGCCAGGCGAUCAUCACGCGUUCAGCUUUGAGACUGAUGAUGAUGAUUGGGAGAAAUAUAUCGGGCCACGCCAGGGACCUCUACUAUCAGAGCUCAAGAUGAAAUGGGACAGAUUGCCAAAGCUUAUCCGUCAAGGUUCACUUCCUUUGGAAGGUCUCAGCCUUUUGGGGAAUGCCUUCGGCGGCCUCGUGAGCUCUCAGACAGAGCACAUGCGGCUUCUUGUGGACGAGACGGUAUUGGCACUCAAGAAAGCGGCGGCGGCACCCUCUUCCGACGGGGUCUUGAAGUGCGAGCUUGACUAUUUUUUCAGCCAUGAUGGAGAAGAGUCUACGCUUUCCGAGCUUUUCUAUUUCCUUGAGCACAGAGCUACCUCUGCCGUCCUCGGUGACGUGCUUUUGAAACGCCUUGGCCUGUAUGAAUGGGCACCGGCUCCUGGACGAUAUCACGAAUGGAACCCCGUGGCGUGGAAGGCAUCUCGAAAUUUGACGCUCCAGAGCGCCGAGACCAAACUAGCCAUGGCCCUUGAUGCCAUACUCGUGUUUCCCUCAGAAUACCGCCUUCCCAAAACGCUAUUUCAAGAAUUCAAAAGGGCUGAGCAUCACCCUCCAAUCUAUUGCCAGUACAUCGCGGCGGCUGUCACGGCCAGUGGACGGUGCCCCGAUUCGGUAAUCACGGAGAUCCACAAAGUGCUUGAGGGGGUGUUCAAAGAGCAAACAGCAAGGCUGGAUCGCGCGCUCGGCGAUCGGGGAAGCUGCGUACUCUGGCCCGAUUCGAAGAGAUAUCUCCGAAGCGCAGACGUUGGUUCGUUAGCCCAUGGAGCUGACACGAAGGAAAGGAUUGAAGUUAUUCGCCCUCGCGACAGCGACAGCUGCUCGCAACGAGCAUCUCAGACCUUUUCCACUGUCAUUGCAUCGCGCUCCUCUGGGAAUGGCUUGGCGUCUUCUGGCGCGGAGAACUUGCAGCUGCAGCAUCUCCAAACGUCAACAUUGCCUGCAGAGCAUUCUUCUCCACAGCCUGUAUCGAACCAAAGUCAAGCCACCGACCUGCUCAUUAGCUCUCAGGAGUGUUGGGCGCGCAUUGCGCAGCUCCAGCGAGAGUUGCGUUCUGUGCUUGACGACGACGAUGCAGCCAAGGCGAAGUGGGUUGAGCUCGUAGAUGCUGUGAAUGCUGCACUAUCGCCGGACCAACAGUUUACCUUGCCUGACCCGCGAGGGGAGGUGCAAAGACAAACAUGAUUUUAAACCCGUGGAGGGAUGCAGGCUCGAGAGGUCGAUGGCAGGAUAGUGAAUCCCAGCAUGGCAGGCCACCGGAUUGCCACGUCACAACAAGGAUGUGGUUUCAUUAGCUUUAGAACACC